AUGAUGUCACGAUGGUUCCGCGAAAAGGAUCAAAAUUUUUCUCAUAUAUCUGAAUGCACUGCGCUUCUCCCAGAAUCUCUUGUCGAUCCACGUCUCCGUCACGGAAUCGCUCGUCUAAUCUGGGACAAAUUCAUUGGAGCCGCAUUCCAGAGUAUCGUUCAGCUGGUUGAGAAAACCGGACGCCGCCCGAAAGAUAGAGAAUGUCGCAAAGAAAUCGGAAUGGGUGAUGUGAGGCUAGAGGAGUUUUUGCUGGAAUGUGAGAAGUUUUUGGAUAUUUUGAUGGUCGCGGUUCGAGAUAUGCCGGCACCGAUUGAUUUCAAGCAGGAUUUGUUGGUGGAGAUGGCCUAUUCCUCCUUCGCCUCUCAUCUCCAACAAUCCAAAACCACCUCCUCCCGACAAGACCAGCUAUCUUCUCUCGCUUCUCGCCAAUCGCUCGUCAACUUCCACCUUGUCCUCCAUCACCAACACCUUGCACUGGCUCUCCGUCUUCAACUCACCACCGGUCUCCGAUUCCAUCCUCUUCGAAACUUGUUCUGUGUCACUGGAAAUCGUGCGUUCUUCGCUCCAUUGGACUCUCAUCCACUGAUUCCGUUGGAUAGAGUUGACGAUGCAACGUUGGAGAAACGACACGCGUUUUUGAUUAAAGUUGCCGAGCAGGGAGGAAUGGAGGAACGACGGUUGGCAAGGAAUCUGGAGAUGGAGUGGAAAUUGACAGUUAAUGAGAUUUCAUUUAUGCAAGCCUUAUCAUCAUUCCGUCAUGGAAAUGACCAUCAAGGAGCUCUCGAGUUGGCAUCAUGUGUUCGUGAUGAUCGAUCCGCAGUUGCUCUGGCACGUGUUCUAGCAGGACGUCUAAUCCAACUCGCAACUGAAGCCAACAAACGAUACAGUACCGCCCAUUCUCAAUAUCUAUGCGGGUUAGCCGGUGAAGAGGCGGCGCGUGUAGAGCUCUACGAAGCAUCAGGCGAUGAAGAUCCUCUAGUAGAUCGGAAUCCGAAGACAUGGAAAGAAGCAGUGACGUCACUCGGAAGAGCCGGAAAUUCGGUGCCACAAUCGGCGCAGGCCGCCAUUCCAUUCGUUCGAAUGAACGAUAUCGCUAAGCUCUAUUUUGGAGCGCAGUGGGUCAAUAAUUAG